AUGAGUCCGAGCACCGAGCAAGAGAAGGUCAAGUACAAGCAAAAGUGCAUGAAGUCGGAGAUUCGUCGAGAACAAUGCCGGGCAAACCAAGCUCGGUACCGAAACAAGCAACGUAGCCUUCAGAUGAACCUGGAAUCAAGCGUGGAAGAGCUGCAUCAAGAACUCUGUCGAUUGAAGCGUAGACGACAGGAUAUUGUGCUUGCGGAGAAAACGGACCAAAACCCGUGGACCAUCGUGGCUGAACCCUUGGAAGCUAGAAAAUGA